CUCACUUCACCUUUCAAUUCAAUUACUCCGAAAGUAAAAAUCCAUCAAAACACGCGUCGUGCAAACGCACCAGGUGAUCUAACCUCGAACAUCUGAAAAAUCCGUGAAGAUGUCGUACAAAGGGCCUCAGAAGGUGCAGAAGGUGAUGGUCCAGCCCAUCAACCUCAUCUUCAGGUAUCUGCAGAAUCGUUCGAGGGUGCAGGUUUGGUUGUUCGAAAAUAUUAACCUGAGGAUCGAGGGACACAUCGUUGGCUUCGACGAGUACAUGAAUCUCGUCCUGGAUGACGCCGAGGAAUUUCACGUUAAGACGAAGGCCAGGAAACAGCUGGGGCGAAUUAUGCUGAAGGGAGACAACAUCACGCUCAUCCAGAAUACAAAUCCUGGUGCCAAUUAACCUUCAUAACCUCUGAGACUCCAGUCGAGUCUCCAAAUCAAAUUUACGGACUUUCGGGGACUUAUUGCGGUCUGAGGACUGUUCUGUGCAGUGUUUUUUCCACUGAAAGAAAGACUUUCUGAUGGACUUGAUUGUUCCUCCACCUGAGAGAUUGAGUUGUACAACAUUUUCUAUUGUAAACAAAGUGAAAACGAGUAAAUAAUUUUUGAAAAAUACAA